AUGGCUUCUAACCAAUCAAACGUGGCAUCGCAAAAUCACGGCAGUCUCACUCUCACCGCCUCUCAAGCGGGGCCUACGACUCUCCGUCUCAGGGCCGAAGCCGAACCGUCCGAACGGCGUGGCAUACAAUGGGCCGAAGACGUGAUUGACAAUGAAGGCAUGGGCAAGAAGAGCUCAAAAGUAUGCUGUAUCUACCACAAACCUCGCAAAGCCGGCGAAUCUUCCGACGAAGACUCGUCUUCUUCCAGCUCGUCCGACUCGGACAACGAACCCGACACCAGCAGGGCUCAACCUGCCAACCGCCGUCGCAACCAGCACCAACAUCCAGAUGGCCCCUGCGACCAUGACCAUGCUGAGCCGACACACUCGCACCUUCCCGGAAAGGGCAAGCAGAAGGUCCGCAAGCCCAGCCCGAAUGCUUACGAAAGGGUACCCAAAAGAAAGACUCCCAAGAAGGAAUGA